AUGGAGGCUUCACCUAGUGGAAGGUCGGAAGGGAAUCCAAAUGCAACAAUUCCAUCACCGAGGAAUCCAAAUGCCACAAUUUUGUCACCAAGUUCUAGACCCAUUUCUAGAGCAGCUACUUGUUGUAGGAAUACGAGUGUGAAAGCUGAUGUCCUCCACAACCACAAAUUUAUUCAUGUUCAAUUUUGUGCUCAUAUCCUUAACCUGAUUGUUGUUGAGGGGUUAAAAGAGAUUGACGAUUCAAUUACCAAAGUCCGCAACAUUGUGAGGUAUGUGAGGGCUUCCCCUCAAAGGCUGUCCAAGUUCAAGGCAAUAGCAAGCCAGCUUGGGAUUUCAUGUUCUAAGACAUUGUGCUUGGAUGUUCCAACUCGAUGGAACUCGACUUACAUUAUGUUGGAUGUGGUACAAAAGUACCAAAGAGCAUUCGAAUGGAUGGAGGUCGAGAAUGGGGGCCUUAAGUAUGCUUUGCUGGAGCCUGCAAGAAAGGGACUAUUAUCUGGUAUGACUAUGAGAAUGCAGGCCAAAUAUGACAAAUAUUGGGGGGAUGUUGAGAAAAUAAAUAGAUUACUUUUUGUGGCUGUGAUCCUUAACACUCAAUAUAAGUUGGCAUUGAUAGAAUUUUGGAGAAAUUACACAAUGGGGGUAGUGAAGGCUACAUGGUUUAUUACAAUGCUUAAAAGGGAUCUUGAUGAAUUAUAUUCCCACUAUAACAAUAGUGGUCAGCCUUCAUCCGUAGCGGGCACCUCACACUCGAUUCCGACACCUCUCUUCAAUGACUGUAGCUCAGAUGACUCAUUACAUCCACCACGUCGAGGUUACAAUAUUGUGAAUCAGUAUCAUCAACUCGUUGCAAUGAGAAAUAUUAUACAGUGUACUUCUGAGAUUGAAUGGUAUUUUAUGGAAGAGGCCGAGGCACCUAGCGAUGUAUUUCAGUUAUUAACUUGGUGGAAGGUUAAUUCCACCAAGUAUCAGAUCAUUUCUCGUAUUGCCUGA